AUGCUCCGCCAGCUGAUCUUGCUCCUCACUUGUCUCUCCCUCGCACUGGCAGCCACACCCACUUCCUUCUGCAAAUGUACCUGCUUCUCCAACAGUACAAUCAUACCUCUCACCGGUGCCGGUGCCUCCUCUCCGCAACGACUCUUCCUCCGCGAAGAUGAACCUGUCACAACCACCAAUACAACCGCCCCUCACGCUCGGACAUGCGCCGACUGCAACAAGCAGUUCUGUCUAAACUACAACCUGCCCAUCUGUAAGGACGCGGAAGAGGAAGACGUUUUCACUUCAUGUUUUCAACGGGACAGUUUCAAAGAUGAGUUCGUGGUCUGCGUUUUCAUUCUUGGGACGGUUGGGUUGCUGCUGUGGGCCGCUGUAAGACCUGUCGUGCAGAGGUGGAGAGAAGGGAGGAGGUAUGCGCCUGUUGGCGGGACAUGA